GCGCCCUUGGGCUCGUCCUCGGACGCUCCGUCUGCAGGCUGCGACGACCGCCUGGAGAUGGAGACGCUCUCAAAAGAGCUGGGUCGUCAGAUCAUCCUCAAAGGCCUUGCGGCCGGAGUCAGUGGCAACGCACUGCUGUCCGCACUCGGCGCGCCGCUCGGCGGCCCGCUCCUCGACGGCUCCUCUGUGGGUGGGGCAGGCGCGCCAGUGGGGGGCGUGUCGUGUUCGGACCCCGCCCCCUGCACUCUCGGGGCGCCACUAGCCCUCCCGCUGGCCGAAGGUGCUGCUGCCGAGGCGCCAGGGGAGAGCGAGGGGGAGACCUCGGGGCGGAGCGGCGUCGAGGCGCUCGAAGAGGUCCGGCGCGGCGUGCACUCCAUGCUGCUCGGAGGCGCCCAAGGGCCCGCACUAAUGAGCUCGCACGAGCGCUCGAAUCCGGUUCGUGUUUUCGACGGUGAGGCUGUGGUGAUGAGGCCCGCGCUGGCUGGGGCGGCGCACUCGGGCGAGGAGAAGCCAAACGCCACGGAGAGACGCGAGUUCGGGGAGGCCGAGGAGGCAGCCUUUGACUACCUGGUCCGACCGCGCUUGAACCAGGAGACCCCCGUGCACAAGCCGAACAACAAGGUGCGGCAGCACGUGCCGGCGGAGCAGGGCCCAUCCAAAAGACUGGCCUUCGAGUCGCACUCCGAGGGCGCCCCCGCGGGCGACGACUAGCGCGGCUCUGGCCCGGGGUGUGUGGGGGGGGG